UUCAGAGAUCUCUUGUCUCCGUCCGUCCCGACCAUCCUACCCCUCAACGCUCCUACAAACGUGCUCAUCCCUUGUUUUCCCCAAACCAGGAUUUCCCAUUGCCAACCCCUGGGAUGCUGCGAGGAAGAGGAAGAUGCCCCGGGACACUGAGGCAGAGCAGGAGCUGAGCAUGGAGAGCAGGGAGGACAAAUGCCCGCGGCAGAACCUGGUGGCAGAGGCCGUUUUGAGCGGCUCCACGGCGCAGGAAGCCAACGGGGAGGAAAAGCCCCGGAGAUGCCGCACGAGGAGGGGCUGCAAACGCAGCUGGCAGGGAUCUGAGGGGGAAAGAGCCAGCCUGGGCCGGGAAGGCAGCCGGAGAUGGAGCCAAAGCUUGGAGCUGGUUCUCCAUGAGCAGCUCCAUGAUGGGAAGAAGCCCCAUAUGUGCGUGGAGUGUGGAAAGAACUUCAGGUGGAACUGCGACCUGAUCCUGCACCAGAGGACCCACACUGGGGAGAAGCCCUAUGAGUGUGGCGAGUGUGGGAAGCGCUUCAGCCUGAGCUCCAACCUGAUCAAGCACCAGAGAAUCCACACUGGGGAGAAGCCCUAUGAGUGUGGGGAGUGUGGGAAGAGCUUCUGUGGGAGCUCCAGCCUGAUCAAGCACCAGAGGAUCCACACUGGAGAACGGCCCUUCGAGUGUGGGGAGUGUGGACAGAGCUUCAGCCAGCGCUCCCACCUCAUCUCGCACCAGAGGACCCACACUGGGGAGAGGCCCUACGAGUGUUCCAAGUGUGGGGAGGGGUUUCAGACCAGCUCCCAUCUUGUCCGGCACUAUCAGAGUCACACAGAGGAGAGGCCCUUCCAAUGCCCCGACUGUGGGAAGGGAUUCAGGUGGAACUCCACCCUCGUCAGGCACAGGCACAUCCACACUGGGGAGAGGCCCUGUGAGUGUGAUAAAUGCAGGAAGAGGUUUCAGACCAGUUCCCAUCUCCUCCAACACUAUCGGAUUCACACAGAGGAGAGGCCCUUCCGCUGCCCCGAGUGCGGGAAGGGAUUCAAGCACAACUCCACCCUCGUCAAGCACCGGCGCAUCCACACAGGGGAGAGGCCCUACGAGUGUCCCCAGUGUGGGAAGAGCUUCUCCAGCAGCUCUGACUUGACCCGACACCAACGGAGGCACCGGUAAGGGAAGCCCUGCGAGUGUCCCGAGUGCGGGCAGAGCUUCGUGCGCUGCUCCAGCUCCAUCCCCCACUGGAGCAGGCACUUUGGGCACAGCCCGGGUCACUCACAUUCCCUGUGAUCCAUGUUGGCAACACACCUGUCUGGUUUUCCUUUUGGUUCAACCUUAGUUUUUUUCUCUUCUCCUUGUUUUUCCACUCUAGAAGCCAAGAGGGAUCAAUCUGUCACUUCAAAACCACUCAAAUCCCACUGAAAAUAACUGAAUUUUACCCAAAAGGGCUCAAUUCCACCUCAGAUUGCUUGUUCCCUCCUCAAAAAUCUCAUUCCCAUGCCAAACUCUCCAUUGCACAGCUGCCAGGGUGAGAUGGAGUUGGGAGGAGAUUG